AUGGAGAGAUGUACUGCAUGAAUACUUUACCUACGAUAUAAAUAAUUUGGAUAGAUAUUUUUCUUCUUCGUUCACUCGCCGUACAGUAGGUGGCGGUAAUACUCCAAUAGGUGUAGUCUGCCAUAAAACCCUAAAGAAGAACAAGACAACAGGAAAUUGUUGACGAGAACAGUUUGGGUCGAACAGUUCCUAUCAUACAAGAAACAGUAGCUUCCCAAUGGAUCGGGUAACUCUGGUUUUAACAUUAUAUGCCCACUGUGUUGUAUAAAAUGUCUAGGCCUCGUUUUCAUCAUAUUUGAACCUCUACAUUGCUGUGUUCUGUUUGGAGCGGCAGGUAGCCUAGUGGUUAGAGCGUUGGGUCAGUAACCGAAUCCCCGAGCUGACCAGAUAAACAUAUGUCGUUCUGUCCCUGAACAAGGCAGUUUAACCAACUUUGUAUGUAUUAUGGAUCCCCAUUAGCUGCCAAGGCAGCAGCUACUCUUCCUGGGGUCCAGCAAAAUUAAGGCAGUAAAUACAAUCAUGUUUAGCCAGUUAUGGUAAACUGUAGCUAGUGUCGUGGAAAUAUUUGGGUAAUCACAUUUCACAAAUACUGGAGCCUGACAAAGCUAGCCCGUCCCCCUCCACCCUCCAGGAGUCCCCAGGUCGACUGCCUCUCCGUACUCUACUGCUGGGUCUGGUUGACUGCAGGAAAACACCGGGGCAGAGUGGAACUGAGAGAGGAGAAGGAGAAGAGGAACAUGGAGAUAUGAUUUCAUUAAGGGACAUCCCUAAUCGUUGCUCUCUAAGUGGGAGGGGCUUAUCAUCUGGGGAGCCUCAACAACAUUAUGAUGCUGACAAGAAAGAGAAGAGUCUCUCCAGAUCAGAACACCUCAAACACCAGCAUAGAGGUACAGGGAAGAAACCUCACCACUGCUCUGUCUGUGGGAAGAGUUUUGCUAAACAAGACUUGACAAAUCAUGAGCAAAUUCACACUCUAGAGCAUGCAUCUAAUACCUUAAAAUCUCAGAGAAUUAAUUCAGGGGAGGGACCUUAUACCUGCUUUGAUUGUGGGAAAUACUUAAAUCAGUCAAGAGCCCAGACUAACCACAAACACACAGGAGUGAAGCCUUAUAGCUGUGAUCAGUGUGGGAAGAGCUUCAAUCAUUCAGGAUCCCUGACUAUUCACCAACGCAUACACACAGGAGAGAAGCCUUAUAGCUGCGAUCAGUGUGGGAAGAGCUUCAAUCAUUCAGGAUCCCUGACUCUACACCAACGCAUACACACAGGAGAGAAGCCUUAUAGCUGUGAUCAGUGUGGGAAGAGCUUCAAUCAAUCAGGAUCCCUGACUCUACACCAACGCAUACACACAGGAGUGAAGCCUUAUAGCUGUGAUCAGUGUGGGAAGAGCUUCAAUCAUUCAGGAAACCUGACUACACACCAACUCAUACACACAGGAGCGAAGCCUUAUAACUGUGAUCAUUGUGGAAAGAGCUUCAGUCGAUCAGGAGACCUGAUCAAACACCAACGCAUACACACAGGAGAGAAGCCUUAUAGCUGUGAUCAAUGUGGGAAGAACUUCAAUCAAUCAGGACACCUGACUGCACACCAACGCAUACACACAGGAGAGAAGCCUUAUAGCUGUGAUCAGUGUGAGAAGAGUUUCAGGACAUCAGAUCACCUGACUAUACACCAACGCAUACACACAGGAGAGAAGCCUUAUAGCUGUGAUCAGUGUGAGAAGAUUUUCAGGACAUCAGAUCACCUGACUAUACACCAACACAUACACACAGGAGAGAAGCCUUAUAGCUGUGAUCAGUGUGGGAAGAGUUUCAGGACGUCAGAUCACCUGACUAAACACCAACGCAUACACACAGGAGAGAAGCCUUAUAGAUGUGAUCAAUGUGGGAAGAGCUUCAGUCGAUCAGGAUCCCUGACUACACACCAACUCAUACACACAGGAGAGAAGCCUUAUAGAUGUGAUCAGUGUGGGAAGAGUUUUGCUCGUUCAGGGUCACUGAUAAAACACCAGAAAGCACAAACAUGUUUUCUUUCAUCUCCCUUCUCUCUGGCACCAGUUCCAGAUCCCUAAAUAAAGUUUACAUAGAAAACAUCUUGUAAACAGUCAUCCAUCUCCCAUUCUCUAACACUUUAGUAUGUCUGAUUGCCAUGGUAACAUGUGUAGCAUAAUAUGCAGCUCUGGAUCCAUAUGUUACAAGCGUCUUGGAGUAGAAGUGCUGUGUGUGGUGGGGUGGGGGAGGAGGUGUUCAGAGCUAUCUUUUAAUUUAUGAACUCAUAUUAUCCAUUAAAUAAUGUAUAAUAAAAAAGUUUAACCAAUGGUAGGUGUAUAUUCAUGUGUGGGGGAAAUGUUAUCUGAAGAGAGAGUCUUGAAUUGUACAUCAUGUCUCAUAUAGUCAUUGGUUCCUGUAGGUGCUGGGUAGAGAUAUGAGGGGGAGACGGUCAUGACCCCAUCAGACCUUUUGGCAGAACGCUCAGAAUAUGUUCUAUAAUUUACAUUCAGGAACCAAAUGUUAAUGAUGAAUAAUGUAAAUCAUAACUUGUCUGUGUUACCAGUAUAGAAGAGGACUAACGGGACUGCC